AUGGAGGGGCUGCUGCACUACAUCAACCCAGCACACGCCAUCUCUCUCCUCAGCGCCCUCAACGAGGAGCGGCUCAAGGGGCAGCUGUGCGACGCACUCCUGAUCGUGGGUGACCAGAAGUUCCGAGCUCAUAAAAACGUCCUGGCUGCCAGCAGUGAAUACUUCCAGAGCUUGUUCACCAACAAGGAGAACGAGGCACAGACUGUAUUCCAGCUGGACUUCUGUGAGCCAGAUGCUUUCGACAACGUCCUGAACUACAUCUAUUCUUCGUCUCUGUUCGUGGAGAAGAGCAGCCUGGCUGCCGUGCAGGAGCUUGGCUACAGCCUGGGCAUCUCCUUCCUGACGAACAUCGCCUCCAAGACGCCCCAGGCCCCCUUUCCCACGUGUCCCAACAGAAAAAAGACUUUCACUGAGGAUGAGGAGAACAGUUCUCAAAAGAGAAGCGUCAUCGUUUGUCAGAGCAGGAAUGAAGCCCCUGGGAAAGCCGGGAGUCAGAACACCCCUGAGCUGAGCCACCCUCCCCGGCCCUCCCCCGGCAUCGCGGUCAAGGCAAACGCCAGUAAGCCCCCCGGCCCCAAUCCCACGGAGCCCCUGCACCACGUGGCUCCAGCUGAAAAAAGCUGGCCGAAAGAUGGCCCCGCAGUUCUGGCGAGGCCGCCUGAGCUCGCCGGGCCUUCAGAGGAGCCAAGCCGGGGUGGCCUGGCCAAGCGGGCCGUGGCACCGCCUUCGAAGCCCCCACUGGACCGGGCGGCCGUGGACGAAAGACCAGGCGCCAGCGCCCUGCUCCCCAAAGGGGUGGCCGUGGAGCUGGCACUGCGGAGCCCGCGGCCGCCCGUCCUAUCCCUGCGGGGCUCGCCCGAGACGCCCUUCCUGCUGAAGGAGGGGGGCCGAGGCAGCGGGCCGGGCGAGGACCGGAACCUGCUGUACUACUCCAGGCUGGGGCUGGUCAUCCCGGCCGGAGCGCCGGCGCCUGGGGCCCAGGGUGUGGACCGCAGCGGCCCGCUCGUCAAGAGCCUCCUGCGCCGGUCACUGUCCAUGGACAGCCAAGUCCCUGUGUACACACCCACUGCUGAGCUGCAGCCUCCCCCAGGCGGAGGCUCGGGCGAUGUGGCGGGCAGCGUGCUCUGCGCCUUCUCUUCUCAGAGGCCGCCCUCCAAGGACGGGGGUGAGACGGCGGCCCCCGACGCCCGGGCCCCUGCCCCGCAGCCUCACCGCCUCAGGUCCUUCAGCGCCUCUCAGCCGGCUGAGCGGCCGGGAGCGCCCCUGGGGCCGGAGGUGCGGGUCAAGGCCGAGCCGCGCAGCCCCCCGGAGCCAUGCGACAUCAUUCGUGUCACCGUGGGGGAUGCCGCGGCCUCCACGAGAGACCUGGCCCUACAGACAGAAGACGACCGGAAAGACCCCAGCAGACUCCCGGCCAAGAGGCGGUUCCAGGCGGACAGGAGGCUGCCAGCCAAGCAACCGAAGGCUGAGAGCCCAGGCUCACCUGGGUCGGGAGACCCCCGUGAGGAGGGCUCGAGCCCAUCUGCCCUCCAGGCCGACUUCCCAGGCUCUGACUUGAACAAAGACGAAUUCGGUGAGUUGGAGGGCAUGAGACCAAACAAAAAGUUUAAAUGCAAACAUUGCCUUAAAAUCUUUAGAUCCACGGCGGGCCUACAUCGGCACGUGAACAUGUACCACAACCCCGAGAAGCCGUACACCUGCGACAUCUGCCACAAGCGCUUUCACACCAACUUCAAAGUGUGGACGCACUGCCAGACGCAGCACGGUGUGGUGAAAAAUCCGGCUCCGGCCGCCAGCUCCCAUGCUGUCCUGGACGAGAAGUUCCAGAGGAAGCUCAUUGAUAUAGUGCGAGAGCGGGAGAUCAAGAAGGCGCUGAUCCUGAAGCUGCGGCGCGGCCGGCCGGGCUUCCAGGGCCCUGGCAGCUCCCCAGCGCAGGUCCUCAAGCGGGGCCUGCGCUCUCGGGCCAAGGGCGCGUAUGUGUGCACGGCCUGCGGGAAGGCCUACCGUUUCCUCUCCCAGCUCAAGCAGCACGUGAAGAUGCACCCGGGGGAGAAGGCGCUUGGGGCUGCCAGGGCCGCGCGGCCCAGGGAGCGCGUGGCCCCCGGGGGCGCAGCGGGCAGCCCGGAGCUCUAUCUGUGCCGCCUCUGUAACGCCAAGCUCUCUUCUCUCCUAGAGCAAGGCAACCACGAGCGCCUGUGCCGCACUGCUACCGUGUGCCCCUACUGCAGCCUCAGGUUCUUCUCGCCCGAGCUCAAGCGCGAGCACGAGAGCAAGUGCGAGUUCCGCAAGCUCACGUGCCUGGAGUGCAUGCGCACCUUCAAGUCGGCCUUCAGCAUCUGGCGGCACCAGGUGGAGGUGCACAAUCAGAACAGCAUGGCCCCGGCCGCCGGCACCUCCCCACCCCGGCCUGACCUCAAUGGUGAGGCCACCGGCCCUGCCCGGCCCCCUGUCCCGCCCGAGCCUGGCCGAGCCGACCACGCGGCCCCUGCCACCAAAGACGACCCCGCGGGGGGUGGCCGCGGUCCUGAGCCUGUGAACUUUGACUCGGAAGACUCCACCUGCCUCCCCGAAGACCUCAGCCUCUCUAAGCCGCUGAAGAUCCAGGUCAAAGAGGAGCCACCAGAGGAGGCCGAGGAGGAGGCGCCCGAGGCCAGCGCGGCCCCCAAGGACCUGUGGCCCUGCGAGAAGUGCGGCAAGACCUUCCCAACACCUAAGCAGCUGGAGCGGCACCAGGAGCUACUGUGCUCUGUGAAGCCCUUUAUCUGCCACGUCUGCAAUAAGGCUUUCCGCACCAACUUCCGGCUCUGGAGCCACUUCCAGUCCCACAUGGCCCAGGCCUCCGAGGACCCUGCGCACCGGGAACCCGAGGCUGGCCCAGGCCCCACCGGCUCCCCGUCACCACCCCCGCUGCCCCCGCCGCUGCCCAAGAUUCAGCCCCUGGAGCCCGACAGCCCCACAGGCCUGCCCGAAACCCCCACUCCCACUGCCGAGAAGCUGUUCGCUCCCCGAGAGUCAGACACGCUGUUCUACCACGCGCCCCCCCUCUCCGCCAUCACUUUUAAAAGACAGUUCAUGUGUAAGCUCUGCCACAGGACAUUCAAGACGGCCUUCAGCCUCUGGAGCCACGAGCAGACCCACAACUGA